CAGGGCAGGGCUGGACAAAUUCAUGGUACCAGGUCACCUGUGCUAAAUGGUACAUGAGACUGAUACUAAUUCUUCCUGAUGUUGGGAAUCCUAUCCUGAUAACCCGAUCUAUAAUUUUUCUUUUGCAAGGCAGAAGUAAGAGAGUAGAAGGACAUGGAUCCAGAGAUUAUACCAAAGAUUGAGGAAGAAGAUGAACAGUAUGCCAGUAGCAGUCAGGACUCUCAGCAGAGUGACCUGCCUAAUACCAGCACAGAUACUGGUUCACCAAGCGCACUUGUGCCAAAAGACUCUCCUGUUUCACCAGAGAUAGAUGCGAUUACUGAAUCUAGUUAUCCAAUAGAAAGAUUAAGGAAGCGGAGGAAAAAAAUCAUUGCUGUUGGAGAGUUGAACAAGGAAUUCAUACCAGACUGGGAGCAACAGAUGCAACCAACAGAUAAUGAGAAUAGCUCAGAAGAAAACAAGGAUGCUGAGUAUGUACAUUACGCUAGGAAACGUACACACCGUGUGCGAAAAAACACAGGGAAGGGCAUCAAACGCUCAAUGGAUUUAACCAAAGUUACCAUUCAGUAUACACCUUACAAGCCACAGAAACAGUUUAUAUGUUCGGAUUGUGGAAGAGCCUUCAUUUCAACAUCACAGUUGAUCAUACACCAGAGGUCACACACCGGAGAGAGACCUUUUGAAUGUGCCACGUGUGGGAAAUGCUUCAUGAGAAAGUCUUCCCUUCAGAUUCAUGAAAGGGUCCAUACUGGAGAAAGGCCAUAUCCAUGUACUGAUUGUGGUAAGAGGUUCACCACCAGCGCUGGUCUCACCACACAUAAAAGAAUCCACACAGGAGAGCGACCCUAUGUAUGCUGUGAAUGUGGUAAGAGCUUCACCAGUAACUCUUCUCUGUUCAUACAUAACAGAACACACAGAGGAGAGAGGCCAUAUAUAUGUGUUGAAUGUGGGAAAACCUUUUCUUGUACAUCUGCUCUGGUUAUCCACAAGCGGUCGCACACCGGAGAGAAGCCGUUUACUUGUGAAAUGUGCGGGAAAAGUUUUGCUGAUAAUUCGAGACUUGUUAAACACAGGACGACUCACACAGGAGAUUGGGCGCAUGUUUGUGCUGUGUGCGGCAAAGGUUUCACAUGCAUGUCUAAUCUUACCAUUCACCAUAGAUCGCACACUGGAGAACGACCUUAUGAAUGCAAUAAGUGUGAUAAGCGGUUCGCCAAAACAAGAGAUCUUAAAAGACAUGUGCAAGCUCAUACCGGAGAAAGACCAUUUGCCUGCUCUGAAUGUGGCAAGCGAUUUAUGCGCAAGUCUCAUCUUACCACCCACUUGAAAAUUCACGCCAACCAACCUAUUCUAAUCCCCUGAAUGAAGAUAACUCACAUUGAAUCAUGAGAUUUACACAACUCCUAACUGGGGGGGCCAACAUGUAGCACACCACCUCUUGUAGAAUAGCCGCAUCCAUGAUACUCUGCAAUACUUGGAUGACUACAUUUGGCCAACCCUGACCUUGAACUAGAACCUCUGAUAAAAAUAUGACAUCUUUACUAGAGCCUUUUGGAAGAAUGAACUCUAAGAAUUGAAAGAGCAAGUAACAAAGAAAGAAGAUUUGGAUUUACAUUUUGUUCAUCAUUUGUACACAGCUGUUAAGUAACACAAAUGUACUUUGCACACAGUGAACAUACAAGUGUUACAUCCAGUCACCUUGUACUGAUAGAUAUUGCAGCUAAAGGCUCCGAAGGUUUUGUUACCUUAUUGUUAAUCUGUUCUACUACCCUGCUUAGAUUAUGGAACAUGGUGAAUUAGAAGGAUAGUUUCUGAAUUCUGAGGUUGAAAACUGCAAAUAUUUUGAAAAAUAAUUUGCGAAGACUGUAGGUAAUAUAGCUUCUAACCACUUACUCAAGUAGUAGUGAAUAAGUAGUAUGCUUUCCUUUUUUUUUUUUUUUUUUUAUAUAUAUAUUUGGUGACCAGUAUUUCUCGAUCCCGAAGCUAAAACCUAUAUGUGUACCAAAUGCAGCUUUUAAUAGAAGUAAUAUUUGUCUAAAGCAGGGUUCACCAAAAUUUGUCCCUCCAGAUGUUGCUGAACUACAACUCCCGUGAUUCUUGAAUGAAAAAGGUAGCCAAAGAAUCAUGGGAGUUGUAAUUCAGCAACAUCUGGAGGUGCGCAGUUUGUAGAAACUUGGUCUAAAGACUUUACUGUCACUUUAACUUAAAAAUAAUCAUCUGUCGUUGAAGACUUUAUUUUUUAUUUAAAUUUUUUUCACCCCAUAUUUUUCAGAAUUGUAGUUCUGGACAGAUUAAAUCAUGGAACGUCACACAGUAGGAUAAAGAGGUUAUUUAAAUUGAUAGCAUGUUUAUGAUUCAUUGGUAUCAUGUUGCAGAUUUAAGAAUUACGUAUUCUUACUAGUAAUCAUUGAAGCCGUUCGGAAAUUUCUAAAUUUUAUAGGCUGUAUGGACUCCCACGAGGAGGCUGGUCUACACAGGCAAUGGGACCUAUACCGUUUUGGUAACCUUAAUUUGGGAGGGGGCAUAUUUUUUUUUUAUUUUUUUUCCCCUCUCCUACUUGAUCGGUAGUGCUAAGCUAUGCUUUAUUAUUUUUUGUUUUGUUUUGAGAAACAAAACUUGCAUCCAUGCCUUUCGAUGUGCCAAUGCCUUCUUGAUGUGUCACUCUUUCCUCCUUGCUUCUGGAUCAAAGUACAACAUCUGGUGUUUGUUAUUGUGUAUUCAAUAAUAAUGUUAAACUCUAUCUUUAAAGUUUAAAUAAAAAAAGUUACAUAUAAUUGAUAAUGUAGAUUGAAAUUUUAUAAGUAGAUGAACAGUAUUAACCAAAUCCUAAAGCCUGUAACAUUGUCAGUCUAAUAACCUGAUUAACCGUGAAUCUCUCUUCAAUGUCACGAGCUGACCUUUCUUUUCCUGUGCUUUUGUUUCCUUUAUUAAAAAUGUUUUACUGCAAUUU